AUUUAUUUCCUCUCCCCAUCUGUUCAUAGCUCUCUGUUACGACUCCGUCCCACCAUUAUCAAUGUCUAUCCGAUCUUGGUCCCUCCUACGAAGCCUUCUUCCUUUUAAAUCUCGUCUCUUGUUCCAAACCCAAAAACCCAUGAUUAUUCGUUUUCUGUCUUCUCUUGGUUUUCAAUGGAAGGCUCGCGGCGGAGGAGGGGAGAUGGGUGCACUAUCGUGCAGUGUUAUACUCCUAGGAGAUUCGUGGGCCGGUGGCUUUCGGGGUUGAGAAGUUCCAAGGGGAAGAGAGAUGCAGGGGAGGAACAAGAAGAUGACACCAGAAGGUAUCAAUUAGCGCCUAUAAGGUGUUCGACGAGUUUAAAUCAGCUGGUAAUGCAGGACAAUAAGCAGAACUGCCGCCUGAAUAAGAGUAAAGAGCCGGAGACUAAUACAUUUGAGUCACAAAGCAGAGAGUCACCUUUGGAAGUGGGAAUUGGUUCUUUUUUGCUCUAUCUUGUUGUUGCAAGUAAAACCGAGCUUGAUAAGAUGACAAACCUGCGAAUGCAAAUGGAGAUGUUUCUUCUUAAUGCAAAAGAACAACUACAGAAGAAGGAUACACCUAUGUCUUCAAAUGAAGCAAGCGGUUUCCAGUUUUCUCCUCAAGAAUUCUCGAAUUUGGCGUCAUCCAUUUUCCAAGAGUCAUCAUCGAGUGUUCUUCAAGAGGAGUACACCGAAUUCGAGGUCUCAGAGCCAGAGGAUUAUCGUCGAGGAACAGACUGCAACUCAAAACUCCAGGCUGAGGUAGGUAGGUUACCUCUGGGUGAAAAAGCAGAGGAUAGACAAACAAAGCAUCAGAUUCAGAGACAAUGCAAACUUAAAGACAAUGAGGUCACAAAGAGUCAUAUACCAGAGAUGGUGGUGUCAGAUGAAAGAUAUGGAGUGUGUCCGUACGAACUAGACAAAAAGCUGCAUGAACUACUGGAGACAAGGCAACAAGAAGAGUUAGUGAAGCUUGAGACUGCUCUGAAUCGUGUUGAACGCAGACUACAAGAGAAAGAAACCGAGGUUUCAUGGUGGAAAGACGCAGCCCGCCUGCUUGCCCAGCGUGUUCCUGAAUCUUCUCGGUCUGGACUAGAAUGGUGCAACCCAGACUCUUCCACAUGUUCAGAGCGAUCUGUUCCAAGAUCUUAUGAAGCAUGUUCGAUACACCGCACCAGUUUUUCUAGAUGAAAAAAUCCUUAAGUGGAAGAGGAAGAGUUUAGAUUUGCUGUUACAGUGUUUGCCUGAAGAGUUCUUAAGCAUUUGUGUGAAGUUUACUUUUAGUUAAACUAGUAGCCACUACCCCUGUUUGGUGCAAUGUUAUACAUACCACCUGAAAAUCACUAUCCACGGUAAGAAUUGCACUGUACUGAAUCCAAUCAAGCUUAUUUAUUGCUGAAGAGAAGUGUUUGAACAUUUUUUUAUCUCAAUCCAUUAAGUGGAAGAGCCUAGAUUUGCUGUUACAGUGUUUGUCUGAACUCUGAAGAUCUUUUGUGUGAAGUUUACUUUUUUG